AUGGGGUUCCCGAGAGCUGGAACUCAAGAACUCAUGAACGCAUUAUCCAUUAUCGGGAAGGGAGGGAAGGAAGGAAGGAAGGAAGGGAAGCUUAGAACCAGAGGCCUGGGACGCACGGAUUCGUUCGGCGAGGCUUGGAGAAGGAGACGGGUUGGCAGCUGGUCUGGGACAAUGCUCAUCGUGGAGAGGCCU